CACUGUUCCUCCGGUAUUUAGCGAGAGAGACUUUCUCUCUCUAUUUUCCACUGCGCUCUUUCUCUCUCUAUUUUCCACUGCGCUCAAUCAUAAACUUUACCAAAGCCACCCACCUUUCUUCUCUCUGAAGGAACUGAAGGGACUGAUACUGUGAAGGGCUGAAGGGGCUGAUACUCAGGUGCUCAUCUUCCACUGACGAAUUCCUUGUGUAAUUCUCUCUCAGUUUUUUACCAGCUUCCCUGAAACUUCUAUUCCCUGGAUUCGGCAUCAAAUAAAGUUUGAACUGUGACAAACCGAUGCCUGGAUUCUAUUGAAGUAUUACUUAGGAAAAAUAUGAGCUUUUUGGAUUCCAUUUAAGAAAAUCCUUUAGGUUUUUUUUCUUUUUUUCUUCUAUUAAAGGAUGGCUGCAGUUUCUUUGGAGAGUUUACCCCCUGGCUUCAGGUUUCGACCCAGUGAUGAAGAACUCGUUUCGUACUACCUUAUAAGGAAGAUUAAUGGAGGAGGGGGUGUGGAUGUUAUACCAGAGAUUGACAUGUGCAAGUGUGAGCCAUGGGAUUUACCUGGCAAGUCCAUAAUUAAAACUGAAGAUCCAGAGUGGUUCUUCUUCUGCCCCCGUGAUAGGAAGUACCCAAAUGGGCGGCGAUCUAAUAGAGCUACUGAAGCUGGUUACUGGAAAGCAACAGGAAAGGACCGAACAAUCAAAUCAAAGUCUCGUAGGUCUUUGAUUGGUACGAAGAAAACACUGGUUUUCUAUGAGGGACGAGCUCCCCAUGGAAAAAGAACUCAUUGGAUAAUGCAUGAGUACCGUGCUAAUGGAAAUGCUCUUCAGGAUUUGAAUGGCUCUCAGGAUGCCUAUGUCCUCUGCCGCCUAUUCAAGAAGGAUGGUUUGAAUGAGAAGGGCAAUGAUCCAAGCUAUGAUGUGGUGGAGCGGAGUGACUUAUCGCCUGACCCUAGCAAGUCUUCUCCUGGUGGGGCGGUGAUCAAUGGAGACCAUGGAGAGCAAUUAGAUCAGACCUCAAAGUUGAAAGUUGAGACAAAUGUGCAAGACACUUCAUCACCUGAAAUGACAGAUUCAGAUUAUUUAAAUAAUCUUUUGGAGGAGUUUUUGGCUGCUGAUGAUUCUCUCCAACCAAUUGAGAGCGAGCAGCACUAUAAGGGUGAUGAAGCGCAGGAAGCCUCAGAUUUGUUUCGCGUGCUCGACUACGAGCCACUUGCUCUCGAAAAAGCAAUUCACAUGCCUCCGUCAUCAAGCUUUUGUAGUAACCCUGGCACAUUUGAUGGUGAGGGUUUCGAAGCGAGCACAGGGGACUUGGAUGGGUUAGGUGUUGUUAACCUGCAUAACCCCUCUUCUGUCCCAAGUACUGAAUUUUUUGAUGAUCUUUUUAAUUUUGAUGAAGAAGGUCAUGUGCGAGAAUGGGAUGGUGGUCAUAAUCCUUCAUUAAAAAUAGGUCAUUCUCAGUCUGGAAUUGUGAGAAGGGAGCGUCAACCUGGUCCUAGGUACAACCCACCCGUUUUGCCAUUCCAGGGCACCGCAUCGAGGAGGAUUUGCCUACAAAUGCAAAGUAUUGGAGGAGCGCUCCACGAGGCAGAAGAAGAGGAGGAGAGAGAGAAGGAUAGAGGCACGGUGAGAGCUGUGCUCCAGGGCUUGGAGUAUAAGACUGAGAUAGAUACUCCUCCAGUUAUACAGUUUCAAGGUGCAGAAGUUGAGGAAGGUCUGCAACAUGAAAGCUACCCACGUGUUGCCCAACUGGCGCGUCGUCGGCCCAAGAAGAAAGUUCUUCGUAGAAGCCCAACGAGGGCCAUGGGUUCUGGUCCUUCGGAGGAGGGAAAAGUUCGUGAGACAUACAUGCGGCCCAUGUCUAGAAUGAUACAUGAACCUCAUUCUGACGCAGAAAGCAGCAACAAGAGAGGCAUGGUGGAGCAAAGACUAGGCGCCCUGAAUGUCAAUGUAGAAGAAAUCGACACUAACUCAAGUAGAGGCGUCACUAAACCCAAUCGAUUGCGAAUACCAAAAUCCUUGAAGAUUGGUCGUGCUGUGGCUCUAUCUGUCUUUGCAAUACUGCUCGUCACGGUUCUCAUCUUUGUCAAGGUUUUCUUCGCCUAAUCAAAUUCAUUGACCUCUGUUGUUUUAUGACAUGAUAACCAUAAUGCUUCACUGUGCUGUGCAUUGUGCAGUGAACAACCUUAAAGAUUACAUUUUAGAUUCUGUAAAUUUUUCUGUUCCUUACAUGGUUUAGUCGGGAGUCGGGAGUCGGGAGUUCUUCGAGCCUUGGAUGCGUGCCCUCCAAGAAGCCGAACCCAUGUACAGUUUUGUUUACAUAAUGCUUGUAGUGGAAUGCUUUUUCAACGAGCUUGUGGCCAAUAUUAUGUAUUUAAUGGCGAUUAAUUGUCAUGUA